AAAUGUUAGAAACGUCAUCUGUUGUCACGACAGACAGAGCAAAAGCAGGGUAGAAUAAUAACAUUACACCAAGCACGUCAAACGAGAAGUGAAAUUCUAACGACAAUUUCCCCACCACAUUCUUCAGUUAUGAAUCAUGUGGUCGUCGAAAAUGCCCACUGCUUAGAACAGCAGCUCGCUGUCCUAGACUUGAGUGCAGCAGAUGGACAAAGUGGAAUCCCCCAUAGGCGAUAUAUUCCUCCACAUAUGCGCAGCAAAGAUGGUCCAAAAAAUGCAGGAAAUGCCUUUGCCGCUGGCCAUCAGGGUGUCUACACCAUGGCAUCUCCAGCUACCUAUUGUUGGGAUGGAGUGCGCAACAACUUUGUUAAUGGCUACCAUGACAACCGGAUGACUGGCAACUCGUUCAAUCAUGGCCCGCCUAACAUGGACAGGGGCCGAGGUGGGCACGGGGUUGAAGGUUACCGAGUUAACAGGGGUGGAGCCUUUAAAGCCCUCAACUCAGCCCAGCCAAUGAGAUUUUGUAGCUAUGAAAAUAAAGUCUGUGUUAACCCAGUUUGGCCCUCCACUUGGACCCAGUUUCGGUUUCCGGACCCUACUGCAAAUACUGGUAGCUGGAAUACAGCCAGGGACGUCUGUAACAGCUUUGGCAACAACAGAGGAAAACCUGCGUUCUUAAAUGACAGAGGCAGUACUAACAGAGGAAGGUUCGAUCACGGUGGCUUUGGUGGUGGAGGUGGAAGAGGAGGCUCCAACCGUUGGACAGAAGAGCCUGUUGAUGAUGGAGAUUGGUCAAAACCAACGCCAUGUAACGAACGACUAGAAAAUGAGCUGUUCUCUGCCAGUAAUACAGGCAUUAAUUUUGAGAAGUAUGAUGACAUACCUGUUGAAGCCACAGGGCAGAAUUGCCCUCACCACAUUGAGAGUUUUCAAGAUGUGGAAAUGGGGGAGAUUAUCAUGGGAAACAUAGCCCUGAGCCGCUAUACCAGACCAACCCCUGUGCAGAAAUAUGCCAUUCCGAUAAUCAAGUCAAAAAGAGACCUAAUGGCCUGCGCACAGACAGGCUCUGGGAAGACAGCAGCCUUCCUACUGCCAAUUCUGAGCCAGAUCUACACUGAAGGACCAGGAGAAACUACUAAUUCAGCUAAGGCUUCUAGACAGGACACUGGGAAUUAUGGACGACGUAAAAAGUAUCCAAUCUCUCUGGUGCUGGCUCCAACAAGAGAGCUGGCACUCCAAAUAUAUGAAGAAGCCAGAAAGUUUUCCUAUAGGUCCAGAGUCCGGCCCUGUGUUGUUUACGGAGGAGCAGAUAUUGGCCAACAAAUCAGAGAGUUGGACAAAGGCUGCCACUUGCUUGUAGCCACACCAGGACGCCUGGUGGACAUGAUAGAGAGGGGCAAGAUAGGUCUGGACUACUGCAAUUAUUUAGUCCUCGAUGAAGCUGACCGUAUGUUGGACAUGGGAUUUGAGCCCCAGAUAAGACGUAUCGUGGAACAAGACACCAUGCCACCUAAAGGCGUCCGACACACCAUGAUGUUCAGUGCUACCUUUCCUAAAGAGAUUCAGAUUCUUGCCAGGGAUUUCCUAGAGGAAUACAUUUUCCUGGCAGUGGGAAGAGUGGGCUCCACCUCUGAGAACAUCACACAAAAAGUGGUGUGGGUGGAAGAAAGUGACAAGAGGUCUUUUCUCUUGGACUUGCUAAGCGCUACAGUCAUUCCCAGCGAGGUACAGGACAAUACUGGAGACAGCAUUGAAAAAACUGGUAAAGACUCACUGACUUUGGUCUUUGUCGAGACAAAAAAAGGCGCUGAUGCCUUAGAGGACUUCCUUCAUCGAGAAGGCUACGCCUGUACCAGCAUUCACGGGGACCGCUCCCAGAGGGACAGAGAAGAAGCCCUUAGCCAGUUCAGAUCAGGAAAAUGUCCUAUUCUUGUAGCUACAGCGGUUGCUGCUCGAGGUCUUGAUAUUUCCAAUGUUAAACACGUGAUCAACUUUGACCUGCCCACUGACAUUGAGGAAUAUGUACACCGUAUUGGACGUACAGGACGAGUUGGAAACUUGGGCCUGGCCACAUCAUUCUUCAAUGAUAAAAAUGGCAACAUUACUAAAGACCUGCUGGACAUCCUUGUAGAGGCCAAACAGGAAGUUCCCUCAUGGCUGGAAAGCCUCGCAUAUCAACAUCAGCACAAGAGCAGCAACAGAGGGCGCUCUAAGAGGUUUGCUGGAGGAUUCGGUGCACGUGAUUAUCGUCAGACAGCUGCAGGAGCAAAUACAGGAGGGUUCAGUGGAAGCGGAGGUCGCAACCAGACGGGACAUGGAGGAAAUCGAAGCUUUGGAGGCAGUGGUUUCGGUAACUUCUACUCCAACGAUGGCUACCGAGGCAACUACACACACUCUCAAGUGGACUGGUGGGGCACCUAGGCUCCUCCAUCCACCUUUCAGUCUUUUAUCCUUGUUCCUCUUGUCCUUUUUCCUAUUUGCUCACUCUUGUCUGAAAUUUUCCACUUAGGGAUGGGCAUUUCAUUCAAAAAUACAGUUGACUUGUCACUUAGAGGUACUUGUCGUUUUAUCACUGAAGGGGAAAAAUAUGUAUAGAAUUGCAUAUACAAUUCUUAUUUUACAUUUCCGUUAGUCUUUCUGCUUUUCUUGAUAAUCACACACUUUGUUUCAUAUUUUUUGUUGCCACAUUCAGUUAGGUUCAACUGUUGCACCGUGAGAUGGGACUAUUCCUUUCUCCCUGCACUGCAGCCGUACUUAGAAUUUAUGCUCUCAGUCAUCACAGGACAGGUAGGUAACGUCAUCAGAUUUACUUUAGGGUCUGAACAGAUUGUGUUUCAGAUUCAGAAUGUUGCUGGAAAAGAGUAAAAGUGAAGUUGACCCUUACUGUAUCAGGUCAGUAUAUCAUGAUACUGUACCAUACAACAGAAAGCCUGUCAGUUAGUACUAGGGUAGUCACCACCGUUGGACAAACACCGAACACUGC